AGCGAGACGACACCAUCCUAUCCAUCCAGCGAUGAACGGAAACGAACUCCCCGAUACUGAGGCCGGCAACACGACUGACUCUGCUUCCUCCCGUCACAUUCUUCCAAUAUACCUCCUGUCCAACACUCUCAGCCAUGCGCUUCACCGUCCUCGCUGGCCUGCUUCUGGGGAUUGCCCAAGCUGUCGUGGUCCCCAGUCACUCCGGACCUUUUUCGGUCACGAUGCAAGUCAAGGCUCUGACAGACCAGAGUCGAACAGACCCUUUUAACAAGACCGUCAAGCGGCAGGUACUUCUGUCCGUCUUCUCCCCAAUCCCAGAUGGUACCAAAUGCUCCAACGAAAUUAUCGCCUACAUGCCAUCUGUCACAGCAGCCUCAUAUGGGACGCUUGCCCAGUCGGCAGGAUUGCCGGCAGACAUCUUUUCCUCUUUCCAGCUGGAGCUCUGCAAGCUGCCCAAUGUUCACAAUAGGAACUGCCAAGAGGCUGGAAGGACGACUCGGUUCCCUCUCGUGUUGUUUUCUCCUGGUAUGGCAGAAUCCCGUCUUCUGUACAGCGUCACCGCCAAAUCGAUUGCUGCCCAGGGCUAUUUUGUCGUAACAAUCGAUCAUCCGUACGAAGCUGAAGUCGUCGAGUUUCCCGACGGUUCUGUGGUUAGAAGGAACGGGACCAUGACCGGCCUUGAGGAGCAGCUCGCCGAGAUCCGAGCACUAGACAUGUCAUUCGUCCUCUCCCAACUCCGCCAACUUUCCUCCUCAGGCGACCCCCUCUUCCGCAGCCUCCCCACCAAAAUCAACUUUGACCACGUCAUCGCCAUGGGCCACUCCCUCGGCGGCGCAGCAGCAGCCCAGGUCCUAGCCCUCAACGAACACAUGCUCGGCGGAAUCAACCUGGACGGUCGUCUCUUCAACCCUGUGCUCGAAUCCGGAACGAAGCAGCCCUUCAUGCUGCUUGGUCGCGAGAAGCAUGCCGACGAGGACGAGACCUGGAAUUCUUUUUGGGAAACGCUACCUGGGCCCAAAGCGAUGGUGGGUGUUGCUGGGACGACGCACGCUUCUUUUACGGACAUCCCGGCUCUGAUUCAGUCGCUUGGUCUCCCCGCAGACGUCCAGUCUCAGGUGGAACGGCUGCUGGGGACCACCGGGGGAAGGAGGAUGCAAGAGAUAAUGGCUGGCGUCUGUGCUUCGUUCUUCACAUCGGUCUUCACGGGCAAGUAUCGUCCACUCCUGGACGCAGUGCAGGAAUUUUCAGAGGUUGUUGUUAGGAAAAGCAGAUUUCAGGGCUGAGUAAGCCCGGCUAGAUCUAUUGCAGAUCUUUGGUUGAUGUACUACUGGUGCUGGCAACGGCUGGCCUGUCGAUCGGAGCUGCUCACAAGUCAAAGGUUGGAAUAGGACUGGAGAUCGCACUUGGGUUGUUGUUGAUGCACGCUGACAAACAAGACACGUGCGAUUCUGAUGCCUAACUUCCCAGGCAUCCACGGAUCGCACGCACCCCCUUUUCUCGUGUUUGGGC